AUGACCAAUAAUACGCAAAAUCAAAACCACAUACCACCCACUUACAAGGCACAAGACAAACUGGCACCCCUAGAAACAAUAGUACAAUGGAAUAUAAAUAGCUAUUAUAAAACACUGUCUGACAUUCACCAUAUAAUUGCUGAGCUCCAUCAUCUGGCGCUUUGCCUCCAGGAAACAAACUUUAAAAACCAACACAAAGAACCAAACCUCAAAAAUUAUCAUGGAUAUUUCAAGAACCGAGACCUUCUAGGAAGAGCUAGUGGGGGAGUGGGGCACCUUUGUAUCAUGAUCAACAGAGCAUAAAUAGAUCCCUCUCACUACUCCACUCAAAGCCAUCGCUAUAUCCACCACAACAAAUUACAAUACUAAAUUAUCCAUUUGCAAUGUAUAUGCACCAAAAAAAAAGCACAGGGCUUACAUUUUCGGAUUUCAAAAAUCUUAUCUCACAACUCCCACAUUCAUUAAUUUUACUAGGCGAUUUCAACAGUAGAAAUAUUAUCUGGGGAUCUGAUUACACAGACAGACGAGGGAGAACAAUCGAGAAACUCUUAGAAGAUGACUCGAUAAUCCUCCUCAACGACGGCAACCCAACAAGACAUAAUUCAAUCAACAGCAGCUUUUCAGCAAUUGAUCUGACUAUAGUAUCCACAUCCUUAGGGGGCACAAUUGACUGGACCGUGCAAACAUCCUAUUGCAACAACGACCAUUGGCCUAUAACCCUAAGGCUACUCAAUUCUCAAGUAAUGGACAAAAUAUCCCUCAGAUGGCUCUUGAAAACGACCAAUUGGCAAAAUUUCAGCGACAUGGCUGACAAACUAUUGGCUGAAAAUCAUUUCAAUACUCUCCUUCAAACAAACCCCUCUGCAAAUAUUGACUCAAUAGUAAAAGCAUUUACUAAUGCAUUAAUUGAAGCAGCAGAAAUCGGAAAAAGCCAACGCACGUUUGCCAGGAAAAAGGUCCCAUGGUGGAACAACGAAUGCAAAACAACCAUACAGAAUUACAAAAAAGCCUUAAAUAAAUUCAGGAAAACAAGACUUCAAUCUGACCAUAUCAUACUUAGCUUUCAGAACAAGCCCAAUUUAUAG